CAAUAACAACUUGUCUGACAGGAUUAGAUCGGUUGAAUCAGCCAUGGUUAUGGUUAUUUGCACAAAAAUUGAAAGUGAAAUUUCCGGUGAGAUUUUAUAAUAAUAGAGCAACAAUCGGGUGACAUCUUAGAUUCUUUGUAAGACUAAUAUCUAAAGAAAAUCAUGUCGGAAACGUACAAAAUCGGUCAACGGGUGGAAUUAAUUGGUAAAGAUGUUCAAGGUUCCAUUGCAUAUUUCGGCCAAACACAAUUCGCAACUGGCCGAUGGAUCGGCUUAAUCUUAGAUGAACCUAAAGGAAAAAAUAAUGGCACCAUUCGUAAUCAUACAUAUUUUCAGUGCGAAGAAAAUUAUGGGGUUUUUGUUCGUCCAUCUCAAGUUAUUUUAUUGGAUGAUGAAGGGAAACGAAUUGAACCUAAAGAACGCCUGGAAGAUACCCCAGGAUCAAAGAUACGAAGUCGCCAAAGCAUUACACCUGCUCAAGCUGCAACUGGAACAAAACCUAAGCCAACAACUGUCAGGAGGAAAACUUCUCCACAAAAAAGACCUCCAUCUUUGUCUGCAUCAAGUUCUAGAAUAUCACUUGCUAGCAGCCGAUUAAGUGGUAGCAGACAAUCUUUGCUGGGAAGUAGUCAAUCGUUAGCUGAAAGCAGAAGUCAAUUGGUAUCGCCAAGUGAAAAACAAGCCGAAUCUGAAGCACCUAGUCAAAUUCCAAAACGAGCCUCAUUCAUCGAAACUGGUUUCGUAGAAACUUUAAAGCCCCAAUUUAUUCCAGGUCAAGUCCUAACAACAACACCAAUGACUUCUGUUGAAGAAAAACUAAGUAAUCUUCAGUUGCAACAAGAAUUAGAUAAUCGCAAUCAGCAGAUUAAAGAUCUUAAUGAAAAAUUGGAUACUCUUAAAGUGAAACGUCAAGAAGAUAAAGAACGAUUUAAAGAUUUCGAUAAAUUAAAAAUUCAACUUGAACAAUUAGUCGAGUUUAAAGCGAAAAUUAUGGAAUCGCAUGCUAAUUUACAAAAAGAAUUACAAAAAUCAAAACAAGAAGCUAAAGAUGCGAUCGAAGCUAAGGAAGUACACGCUGAUGAAAUGGCCGAUUUAAGUGAUGCAGUUGAGAUGGCGACCGUUGAAAAAGAAAUGGCUGAAGAAAAAGUUGAAACUUUGCAAUUAGAAUUGGAAGUGUGCAAGGAAAAAUUGGAAGAAGUCACGCUUGAUUUGGAAAUAUUAAAGAACGAAUUGCAAAAUAAAACGUCUGGUGGUGGCGAAUCAACGUCUACUUACGAAUUGAAACAACUCGAACAACAAAAUCAAAGAUUACGUGAAACUUUGGUGAAAAUGCGCGAUCUUUCAGCGCACGAUAAACACGAAUAUCAAAAAAUUAUGAAGGAUAUGGAUCAGAAAAAAUCUGAAAUUGCCGAAUUGGGAAGAACUAAAGAAAAACUUAGUGCUCGUGUUGAAGCUAUGGAGCAACAAAUCGGCGAUUUACAAGAACAAGUUGACGCCGCUUUGGGUGCGGAAGAAAUGGUGAUUAUUUUAGCCGACCAAAAGUUAACUCUUGAAGAAAAAGUAGUAAAACUUGAAGAAGAAAUCGCCGAUUUAGAAAUAUUACAAGACAUGAACGAUCAAUUAGUCGAAAGUAAUGCUGAAUUAGAGAUGGAUCUUCGCGAAGAACUCGACAUGGCUCACGCUAGUACAAGAGAAGCAAAAAGGGAAAGAGAUGCAGCUAUGGAAACGAUUGCUGAUCGAGAAUCAACAAUUAACAAGUUUAGGGAGUUAGUACACAAACUACAAGAACAAUCUUUAGAUCUUCAACAUCGCUUAGAAAAAGAAACUAGUAAACCAAUAACAACUCUUCCUGAAAUCUUAGAUUUCAAAAAGAUGUUUAUUGAAACUAAAGCUCAUACUAAAGCUAUUGAUUUGGAACUUCGUAGAGUCGAAGUUCAACAAUUACAACAACACAUUAAGUAUUUAAGUGCUUAUAUGCCUGAUACUUUUAUGAAUAGAGGAGGUGAUCAUGAUGCUGUAUUAGUUCUACUUUUAUUGCCAAGAUUAAUUUAUAAAACUGAAAUUCUUUUGGGACAAAUAAAAGAUAAAUUUCCAACAGUUGAAAAAUUAGAUAGAUCAGCAAUAGUUAAAGGUCACAAUAUUGAGCAAUACACUUUCCGUUGUCGUUUAUCAUUUUUUAUGUUUGCUUUACAAUCGAUUGUGCGUCAAUACAUUCAUGCUUUAAAUACAUCAAAACCAGAAACUUUAUUAAAAGUUGGGGCAACUUUCCCUGAGAUGGUUGGACAAGAAAAAAUAAUUGACGGAUUUGUUGAAUUGAUAAAACGCGAUCAAUUAGAUGAAAAUAUUCCAACAGAGCCCUUAGAAAAGUGUGCUGGUUAUUUUUACACGAUGUAUCCGCUUCUCUUUGCAGUUGAUGGAGCACAAAAUCAUACUCAAUUACUGGGUGAUAACGCGAAGUUUUUAACAAUCGCUUGCGAAGCAAUGACAGUUGAUGCAACAAUAAUAAAAAAUCUUACAGAUGGUGCUAAUAUCGGUGAUAUUGGUUAUUUAGCACAACACAUUAUUAUGACAGCCGAAUCCAUGCAACAACAAUUAAAGCUAAUUAAAAGAAGAAUCCCACCAGAUACAACCGUUUCAAACUUAGGAUUAAAAAAAGAAACUUAUGAUGGUUUAUAUCAAUGUUAUAUUCACACCGGGAAAGUAUUAAAAACUUUACAAGAUAUUAUCAAAAACGCAAUUCAAACAAUUAAUUCAAGUGGUGAAUCAGAGAAAGGAUUAACCCCCGAUAAAAUGAAAGACCUCGCCAUAAACGCCAGCGAUAAAAUAUACGAACAAGACGAUUUAGGUCCAAUCCAAAGCAUUAAACAUUCUCUAUCGCUUAUUUUGAACCAAUUAACACAAACCGCGCAAUUUCUCCAAGAUAAUGAAUACGAAAUUGCCACGGCCAAUAAAAACGAAGAAAAACCAAUACCUCCCGUACAACAACGAGCGCAAGUCGUCAGAAAAGAAUUGGAACAAAUCAAAACGCUCACCAGUAAACUCGAAAACAAAGAAUCCGAUAAUAAAGAACUUCGAAAAGUGUUGAAAGAGAAACAAGAACAACUUUCCGAAAUGACGAUUCGUAAAGAACUCGCAGAAAAGAAAUUUGGAAACGUUAAUAAAGAUUAUGAGUUAACGAUUGAAAAAUUGCAAAGGAAAAUCGAAGAGUCGCAGAAUAAUUUAAGGAAGAAAGAGAAAGAAUUUGAAGAUACUCUUGAUCAUCUUCAAACCGAUAUUGAUUCGCUUGAAAAUGAAAAGGCUAAAAUGAAGGAAAUAUUGAAGGUUUAUAAGAGAAAUGAGAAUUCGAGCACAUCUAGCUCUCAAAAUUCCUUCCAAUCUAUUGGACCUACUUUACCAGCUGUUGUUAAGGAUUCACCACUUUUAUUACAAGAAAUUGAUAAUUUACGUAAAAUGCUUCGUCGUGAACGUGAAAGAAGAUUGGAUUUAGAAACGGCUAAACUUAAAGAAGAAUUGGAUCAAUUGGAACCUUUGCCUGUAUUUGAAAGUAAAGAAGAUAAAGAGUUGGAUAUGUUAAUUAAGGAAGGUGAUUUGUUGGAGAAGGAUUAUUUGUAUACGUUAUCUCAUCCAGUAUUUCCACCAAUUUAUAAAGCAACUAAUAAAAUAGAAGCUUGGAGGAAUCAUUUUAUUGAAGAAAACGAAAAAAUUGAAAAACUAAAUCAUCGAGCUGAACAGUUCCAACUGAAAGUUGCUAAUGUAAUUAUGAAAAGGCAGGUUGGUGGGUACAUUGAAGCUAAUUUCACGGAGUUCCCCACAGUGGAAAUGGCUAAGUCAUUAAAGGAAAUUAAACCUGUAACUAUUGGAUACAUCAAAAUUCCACCUUAUCUUUUAUCUAAUAAUGAAAAACCAGGUUUAAUUGAUGUCGAAAUGAGUAUAAAAAGUCUUGAUAAACUUAUUCAAAAAAUGUGUCCCUUAAAAUAUAUGUAAGCUUAUAAUUAAUAAUGUCUUAAUGAAAAUUAGUUUUGCUAGUAAUAAUUUAUGUUAUAAUUACGCAUUAAUUAAU